AUGUUAACCUCUGUUUGUAUCUUCCAGGGUGAAGAGGGGCCUCCCAGUCUGGAGUACAUCAAGGCCAAGGACCUGUUCCCCCAGAAGGAGCUGGUGAAGGAGGAGGACAUCCUUCAGGUGCCAUUCCCAGUUCUUCAGGGGGAAGGGGUGGAGUAUCUUGGUCGUGCAGAUGAAGCCAUCAUUGCCAUUUCCAACUACAGACUCCACAUCAAGUUCAAGGACUCCGUUAUCAAUACCUACCCAGGUGUGGACAAUGAAAUCUCUGUGCCGCUCCGGCUGAUAGAAAGCGUGGAGGGCCGAGACAUGUUCCAGCUGCACAUCAUCUGCAAAGACUCAAAAGUUGUCCGAUGCCACUUUGCAACAUUCAAGCAGUGCCAGGAGUGGGUCAAGCGUCUGAACAGGGCCAUCGCCCACCCGUCCCGGCUGGAGGACCUGUUCGCCCUGGCCUAUCACGCCUGGUGUCUCGGAGGCAACGCUGACGAUGAGGACCAGCACGUUCACCUCUGUCGACCAGGGGACCAUGUGCGCCACAGAAUGGAGCUGGAAGUCAAGAGGAUGGCCUUCGACACCCAGAACGUUUGGAGAGUGUCCGACAUCAACUGCAACUACAAGCUGUGCUCCAGCUACCCGCAGAAGCUUCUGGUUCCCAUAUGGAUUACCGAUAAGGAGCUGGAGAGCGUGGCUUCCUUCAGGUCCUGGAAGAGGAUCCCUGUGGUGGUCUACAGGCACCAGAGGAACGGCGCAGUGAUCGCACGAUGCAGCCAGCCUGAGAUCAGUUGGUGGGGAUGGAGGAACACGGACGACGAGUACCUGGUGACAUCCAUCGCUAAGGCCUGUCAGAUGGACACGGGGGCCAAGAUGGCGCCGGCCAGCCGACAGCGAGGGGACGCUCCCGACUCUUCCGACAGCGAUUUCGACUCCUCUCUGACGGGCGGCUCUGGCUGUGAUGACCACGCUGUCCCACAGAAGCUGCUGAUUCUGGACGCCCGCUCCUACACUGCUGCUGUGGCUAACCGAGCCAAGGGCGGGGGCUGUGAAUGUGAAGAGUACUACCCAAACUGUGAGGUAAUGUUUAUGGGAAUGGCCAACAUCCACGCCAUCCGCAACAGCUUUCAGGCUCUGAGGACCGUCUGCAGUCAGAUCCCGGAUCCAGGAAACUUCAACGCACUGAAAGGCAACACCGCUCCGAAAUGGGAGCGCUGCCACGGCAGAGCUUCAUUCCUGCCGGGCCGGCCAGCUGUCUGUCUCUGGCUGUCGGCGCUGGAGAGCACCCGUUGGCUGCAGCACCUGUCCGUCAUGCUGAAGGCGGCCGCCCUGGUUUGCUCUGUGGUGGAGCGGGAAGGCCGGCCUGUCCUGGUACACUGUUCAGACGGCUGGGACCGCACACCCCAGAUAGUGGCCCUGGCUAAGGUUCUGUUGGACCCCUACUACAGGACGUUGGAGGCGAGUGUCGGCGUGGGAUUCCAGGUGCUUGUAGAGAUGGAGUGGCUGGACUACGGCCAUAAGUUUGGGGACCGCUGCGGCCACCAGGAGAACACGGACGACGUCAGUGAGCAGUGUCCCGUCUUCCUGCAGUGGCUGGACUGCAUCCACCAGCUGCUCAAACAGUUCCCCUGCCUGUUCGAGUUCAACGAGGCCUUCCUGGUCAAGCUGGUGCAGCACACGUACUCGUGUCUCUACGGCACGUUUCUGUGCAACAACGCUCGUGAGAGGGAGACGAGGAACAUCUACAAACGCACCUGCUCCGUCUGGUCCCUGCUUCGCGCCGGAAACAAGAACUUCCAAAACUUCCUCUACAUCCCCAGUCACGAUAUGGUGCUGCAGCCAGUCUGCCAUACCCGGGCCCUACAGCUGUGGACAGCUGUUUACCUGCCCACCUCCUCCCCCUGCACAGCCGUGGACGAAUCUGUGGAGCUCUACCUCCCCCCCUGCGUCACGGGAGACGAGCUCACCUCCCGCUCCCUGGACAGACUUCCAAAGACUCGCUCCAUGGACAACUUGCUGUCAGCCGUUGAGAACGGGAUGCCCCUGACGCGCACAUCCAGCGACCCGAAUCUCAAUAAGCACUGCCAGGAGGGCCGGGCUGCUCUGGAGGCCUCGCCCGCCUCCGAGGAGGCGUCUGCAGGCGGCUCCGACGGGCCCAGCACCGACUCUGAGGAGGAGGAGGAGGAAGAGGAACAGUCUGAGCACCGGGGUCCCGCCGACUCCCCUGAAGCCGACCCAGAGGGCUGUGGGGACUCACUGGAGGAGCCCUGUCUCACCACACAGCCCCUGCCCUCCUGCCCCCUUCCUCCCGUCUCCGUCAGCACAGAUGUGGCACUCACGCACACAGCCUUUCCCACUCCUGUCCUCCACCAGGCUUCGCCUCACAUCGCCAAGCCUCCACCCUCACCUCCUCCAAUGGAGGCGGAGAGCCUGUGCAGGACUGCAGAGAGCACCACCACUCCCACCCAUAAGUCCGAGCCUUGCUUACCGCUGCCGUGCAAAAACACUCAGCCCGCCGCCAACACGCCCACCUCACCGCUCAAUGGACACUCGGAGGCUCUUCCCAACGGCCUCCCGCAGCCUCUUAAACGGAGGACAAGUCCCCCGCCCAUGGAGGACUCCACAGAGACUCUCACGGACGAGGGAGAGCUUCCCCUCACCGACCCUUCCGCAGUGGGUCCAGACCUUCUGUGUGAUGAGGAGCUGCCCAGUGUUCAGAGGGAAAAGGGGGAAACCAGGACUGACGAGAUGAAAGCUCGAGAGCGAGCGGCGCCCUCAGACUGCGCCCAGCUGGCCGCCCGCCAGCUCAUCUCCCAGAGCCAGCUCUCCGACCUGUCCCUGCUGGGCUCCCACUGGGACAGCGUCCAGGGCCUGGUCCAGUCCGCCUGCGGCCACUCGGCCGUCAGCCGAGCGCUGCAGCCCGGCAGCUACCAGAGCCGGCGGCUGGCCUCCAGGCUCCUGCGCGCCCAGGGCUUCCCGCUGGCCGGCGGGCCGCAGUGCUGCCGGCGGGAGGCGCUGUGCUGCCCGGUCAGCCCCCUGCAGGCCGGCUGGCUGUCGGCCGCCCGCAGCGCCGGCUACAGCGGCCUGUGCGGCCCCGCCCUGGCCGCCCUCAGCAGCUACUCGCUGGCCGGCCCCCAGCUCCUGCCCGCUCCCUACUCCUCCCCCCCGGCCUCCGGCUCCCCCCCGCCCCCCCACGCCCCCGCCUACCUGGACGACGACGGGCUGCCGGUGCCCAUGGACGCCGUCCAGCAGAGGCUGCGUCAGAUCGAGGCCGGCUACAAGCAGGAAGUGGAGGUGCUGCGACAGCAGGUGCGGCAGCUGCAGAUGAGGCUGGAGAGCAAGCAGUACAGCACCCCCCCCUCAGAGCCGGACAUCGACUACGAGGAUGACAUUACGUGUCUGCGGGAGUCAGACAACAGCAACGAGGAGGAUUCUCUGUCCACCCACAGCGAGGACCGUCUGUCCGAGGGCAGCUGGGAUCGAGUGGAGCGCAAGGACACAGAGGUCACAAGGUGGGUGCCUGACCACAUGGCGUCCCAUUGUUUCAACUGUGACUGCGAGUUCUGGAUAGCCAAGAGACGCCACCACUGCAGGAACUGUGGGAACGUCUUCUGUAAGGACUGCUGCCACCUGAAGCUGCCCAUCCCGGACCAGCAGCUGUACGACCCGGUGCUGGUGUGCAACACCUGCCACGACCUGCUGCUGGAGUGCCGCACCCGCGAGAUCCGCAGCCAGCAGCUCAAGAAAGCCAUCGCCACCGCCUCCAGCUGAGGGCAGCGCCUGCGCCCCGUCCCGCCCGUUUCCGCCCGGCGAGCCGAGCGCCCCGCC